GGGCUCCUGCAGCCGUGGGCGCUGCCCCAUGACCAACGGCCGGGACCCGCAGCGAGCCAUGGACCCCGCGCCGGCCGCCCCCGGCCCCGCCACCUUCUCGCCGGUGUUCGGGCAGCAGUGCCAGCUCAUGGAGGCAGCUGUGGAGUCGCUCCAUUCCCUGAAUGACCAGAUCUCCCAUUUUAUCAUCAACAAAUCAAAAACGCUGGAUGAAGAGGAAGAUGCCUUUCUGCCCAGCGAGAAGGAAUCUCUGAAAAAUGCCAUGAUGCUGAUGAGGCACCUCCUAAUGGAUGCGCAGGCCAAAAUCCUGCACAUGAUGGACGACAACAAGCAGCUGGCGCUGCGCAUCGACGGGGCGCUGCAGGCGGCGGGCCAGGAGGUGACGGCGCUGCGCGCCGAGCUGGCCGCCACCGGCCGCCGCCUGGCCGAGCUGGGCAGCGACCCGGCCAUGGAGCACGGCCCGCACAGCGCGCAAGCGCUGCUGCGGGAGGAGGUGGCCCAGCUGCAGGAGGAGGUUCACCUGCUCCGGCAAAUGAAGGAAAUGCUGACGAAAGACCUGGAGGAGACGCACGGCAGCAAGUCCCCGGAGGUGCUCUCGGCCACCGAGCUGAAGGUGCAGCUGGCGCAGAAGGAGCAGGAGCUGGCACGCGCCAAGGAGGCUCUGCAGGCCAUGAAAGCUGACCGCAAACGCUUGAAGGCAGAGAAGACGGACCUGGUGAGCCAGAUGCAGCAGCUGUACGCCACGCUGGAGAGCCGCGAGGAGCAGCUCCGCGACUUCAUCAGGAACUACGAGCAGCAUAGGAAAGAGAGCGAGGACGCGGUGAAGGCACUGGCAAAGGAGAAGGACCUCCUGGAGCGGGAGAAGUGGGAGCUGCGGCGGCAAGCCAAGGAGGCGACGGACCACGCCAGUGCCCUCCGCUCCCAGCUCGACCUGAAAGACAACCGCAUGAAGGAGCUGGAGGCCGAGCUGGCCAUGGCCAAGCAGUCCCUCGCCACGCUGACCAAGGACGUCCCCAAGCGCCACUCCUUGGCCAUGCCGGGCGAGACGGUGCUGAACGGCAACCAGGAGUGGGUGAUGCAGGCCGACCUCCCGCUGACGGCCGCCAUCCGGCAGAGCCAGCAGACCCUCUACCACUCGCACCCCCAGCACCCGGCGGACCGGCAAGCGGUCAGAGUGAGUCCCUGUCACUCCCGGCAGCCGUCCAUCAUCUCCGAUGCCUCCGCGGCCGAAGGUGACCGGUCAUCCACGCCGAGUGACAUCAACUCACCCCGGCAUCGAACGCACUCACUCUGCAACGGGGACAGUCCUGGACCAGUACAGAAGAACUUGCACAACCCAAUCGUACAGUCUCUAGAGGACCUGGAAGACCAGAAGCGGAAAAAGAAGAAAGAGAAGAUGGGCUUCGGUUCCAUCUCCAGGGUGUUUGCCCGGGGGAAGCAGCGCAAGUCCCUCGACCCCGGCCUCUUCGACGGUACGGCCCCCGACUACUACAUCGAGGAGGAUGCGGACUGGUGACCCCCCACCUCUCCCCAGCUCACCGCCACCGCUGUACAUACCCCUGCCCCAGCCCCGCCUGUGGACGUGUGACCUGUUGUCUUGGGAGCGAUGCAGCCGUGUCGUAACUUCAGUUUUUUUCCUUUUUUUCAUGGUGGUUUUUUGUAUUUUUUUUUUCUUCCAUACUGAUAACUCCUCCGUUGUCACUUCAGUUUGUCCGUUUGGGUUUUUGUUGGUUUUGUUUUGGGGUUCUGUUCUUUUUUGGUUCUUUUUCCUUCUUCUUUUGACAAAACUUGAAACUUGAAGGACUGCUGUGUCUCUGUAAAUACCCAAAAUAUUGUGCACUUUGUGCUUGUGACGUCUCUUGUCCGAAACCCGCUGUUUUCCGGAGCCCAGCCCGCGGGAUGUCCUCGCCUGGGGACGAAGAACCUGCCCAGCUGAGGGACCUUAGAGAGAAAACACACACACACACAAAAAGGAAAAAAAUGAAAAAAAAAAAAAAUCUCAUUCGCUGUGAUGUCUUCCUGGCCGAACCCCGCGGAGGCGACACGGGCUGGUUGUAACGCCUGCCGGUCUGGAAAUAAGUGUUUUAACGUUCCUUUUUAGUUGUUUUAAUUUAUUUGCACAAACCCAGAGGAGCUAUUCUAACUAAAUUAUUGCAGAAGUUUUGGGAUUUUUAUAUUUUUCCAUGUCGGUUGGGAUGGGGCGGGGAGGAAGAAGGGUGUGUUUGUACUGUACUGUCCUGGGAAGCUGCUGCUGGGGGGGACUGGACCGUGGACCCCCCCCCCCACUGUCGGCACUCUUGGCCCCGUGGCUGCAGAUGCCCCAGGAGCACUUAACGCCUUGGAAAACGCAAACUUAAAUACAUGCCAGAAAAUCGGUCGGGGAGGGGGGGUGAAACUGGUGGGAGCUUUGCCCUCUGUCUUACCCCACAUCUGGGGGGCUCACCCUUUGCUUCAAGUGAAAUUUGGGGGAUCUGGCAUGAGCUGGGAGCAGGGGAGAGGUGAUAGCCCGAGAUAUCCUGAGACGUCGCCCAGUCAGGGCUGGCCACCCCGCUUCCACGUGGGGUGUUACUGCUGUCGGGGGAGGGGCUGGGGAAAUCGGUACGAGUCCCCGCCGGGGAGGUUUUUGUGGCACCGGGGUGAUUUUGAGGCGCAGGUGGAGCUUGUGCUUCCGAAUUCCCUGGGAAUGCCCUGGGAGCAGCCCCCCGGCGCAGCCGCUGCUUCCCCUCCCCACUAACACACACCGCGCUCUGCUUAUGCCAAGACAAGUACCUUAUGCUUUAAUGCUUACGAUAUAAUUUUAAGCUCUUAAAAAAAAUGUAUUAAGAUUUAUUUAAUGAUGCUAUAAUAGUGUAUUAUUUUUCUUAAUUCUGAUACGCGCACCCCGGUUGAAAAAGGGGUAUUUUUGUCUUAAAUCACCGAACUAAACCGCUGAUGCCCUCGCGCUGUGUAUUCCUAAGGGAUGAUGCGGGGAGGCCAUGGGGGGGCAAGUGGAGGGAGCAGCCCCCCGGGCUCUGCCGAGGGGAGGACCUGGGUUGGCAGGGCAGGCUUUGCCCCGUGGCAUCUUUCUCCGCAGAGAAGCAUUUUUAUACGUUUUGUUGGGGUUUUGGGGUUUGGUUCGUUGGUUGGUUGUUUUUUUUUGUUCUCCUUGCGUUUUUAUAAUUUAAACUAUAAACCACCAGAACAGAUGAGCAAUUUCCUUGUUACUGAGUAGUUUCCUUUGCAUUUCAGCUUUUUUGUAAAUUAGGAAAUAAUUCUAAAAAGUACUAAGAGGAUGAUUUAUUUAAAAGAGAACUUCGAUAAAUAGCAUAUGAAUUAUGGGUAACAUUAGAUUUAACUUUUCCCCAUGUGAGUGGGGGAGAAUCCUUGAAGGCAUGGAUGCAAAUAUAAAAUUAUAAAAGAUCUAAAUAAAGCUUAUUUUAAAGUA